GGGAAUAAUCCCAGUGCGUUUGCGUGCGUGCGUGCGCCCAUAAAAAUCCAUGCACGCACGCUCAUUGACGAAAUGGUGUGGUCGAUCGACCAGCUUGCCGCUGCUUUCCUUGGCGCUAGAGAGUAGCCGUGGCUCCAACAAUGGCCGCUCUCGGCCUGCGGCGGUGGUGGGUGACGGUCCUGCUCGUCGGUCUCCUCGCCGCUGUCCAGGUGGCCGACGGGGCGCCGUGGUUCUGGCCGCCGGGCGGGGACGACCCCGGCGGCUGCCUGAGCUGGCGGGUGAUGGUGGAGGCGAACAACGCCAAGUUCUGGCGCGCGGUGCCGGCGCCCUGCGUCGGGUACGUCUGGGCCUACAUGUCCUGGGGCCAGUACGGCCGGGACGUGGGCAGCGCGGCGGACCAGAUCGCCGCCUACGCCAGCCAGGCCCCCGCCGCCGGCGACGGCCUCGACGCCUGGGUCCUCGACAUCGACGACACCUGCCUCUCCAACCUGCCCUACUACCAGGCCAAGCAGUUCGGGGCGUACGAUCCGGCGGCGUUCAAGGCGUGGGCGAGCAGAGGAGCGUGCCCGGGGAUACCGGCGAUGGUGAGGCUGUUCUGGGUGCUCAAGGGCGGAGGCUUCAGGGUUUUUCUUCUCUCUGGGAGAGACGAGGAGGCUCUCGGCGCGUCCACGGCCGCCAACCUCGCCGCUGCCGGGUUCGCCGGGUACGACCGGCUCAUCUUGAGGAGCGUUGGGUACCGGGGGCAGAGCUCGGUGGUGUUCAAGUCGGCGGAGCGGCGGCGGCUGGCGGCUGAGGGGUAUCGGAUCCGCGGCAACGUCGGCGACCAUUGGAGCGACCUGCAGGGCGACUGCGCCGGCGACCGGGUCUUCAAAAUGCCCAACCCCAUGUACUUCGUCCCCUGACCGCCCCAAACAAUGUAUUUCCUCCAUCUCAAAAUUUUUGUCGUAUCUAAACAAAUUUAAGAUAAAAUUUUUAGGACGAGAAGGUAAGAUGUAAAUAACGUGACGGCCACCGGCGCCGCACCGCUAUAUAUGUAUUCCCGUCCAAGAUUAA